CAAAUUCUUAGUGAGGUAAAGCGUUUGAAAAUACCCUUAACUAUGGAUAUUGGAGCCAGUAUAGGAAGCUUAACGUACAUUCAGGACCAGAUUAAAGAGGAAGAAGAAGAAAAAGAAAAAGAAGUAUUGAUAACAAAAAAGAAGUCUAUUGGCCAAUAUGAAAGUGACAGUUUUAGAUGUUUAUUACCACAGAUCUACGCCUCGCUUGUUGCAGCAGCAUACCAGAUUCAAAAUGGAGUAGUUAUGUCAUUUUCAGCCGUUUUAAUUUCUCAAAUUGAAGUACCUGAUCCUGAAAUAGUAUCUACCACGGCCCAAAAUACCCUCAUGGCUAGUGCAUUUACUAUGAUAGCGCCCUUGGGAUCCACAACAAGCGGGUUCUUAAUGGAUCGAUUUGGAAGACUUAAUACAGUCAAACUUGGUCUGAUACCCACCAUUGCUGGUUGGAUUUUAGUUGCUACGGCUAACAGCAUGACACCUAUUAUUUGUGGUAGAGUUCUUCUAGGAAUUGGUGCAUGCUGGUCUUCAAAUCCGGCUGUUGUCUACAUGACAGAAAUUGCACAUCCAAAACUUAGAAUGUCUCUUAAUCAAUUGGGACCAACAUAUGUAUCAUUAGGAUUAAUUUUUGGAUACAUAUCCGGAUCAUAUAUAAGCUGGAGAGUUAUUUCGUGGAUAUGGUCCGUUGCGGUGAUAUUUCCUAUAAUAGGAGUAUGUUUCUUACACGAAAGUCCUCCAUGGUUGGUUCUAAAGGGAAAGUAUGAUCAAGCUAAAAAAUCUCUAAAUUAUUUACAUAAAAAUCAACCACAACCCCCUGGAAUGAAAGAAUCUUUUGCAGAACUCCAAUUUGAACUUCUCAAAGGGCAACGAGAGGAAAUUGAAAAAAAGAGCAACAAUAAUGGUGGCUUAAGAAGUAUUUUGAAGGAAUUUUUAAAACCGACCGGGUACAAACCGCUCCUAAUAAUGUGCCCUUUGUUUUUUUGUCAACAGUUUUCGGGAAUCUACAUAACUAUGUAUUAUUCAAUACAAUUUAUUAAGGAAGCAGGAACAGAGUUAAAUCCAUACUAUGCAUCGGCUUUAAUUGGAGCAAUUCGUUUGGUAAUGGCGAUAUGUAAUAUUUUUAUAUUAAAACAUGUGACUAGGAGAACAGCAAUUAUAUCAAGUGCUAUUGGAAUGGCCAUUUUUAUGUACAUUGCUGGCCAAUACACGUUAUGGAUAAAACAUGGUGUUUCGACAGCAACUUGGGUACCAGUAACAGCCUUAUUAAUGUACGUUGUAUGCUCUGUGAUUGGAAUGAUGUUUUUACCGUUUAUGAUAAUUUCUGAAAUAUUUCCUUUAGUAAUAAGAGGAGUAGGAUAUACAGUAGCUUCUAGUUUAGCUACGGUGUUCAUGUUCAGCGCUCUUCAAAGUUACUAUUGGUUGAAUGAUACUUUGGGUGGUGCCGCGCAUUUGCAAUGGUUCUUCUCAAUAGUUUGUGUGAUCGGAGCCAUCUAUACUUAUUUGUUUUUACCAGAAACAAAAGGAAAGAAACUUACUGAUAUCUCAGAAUAUUUUAACACUGGCUGGAUGUAUAUAGGAAGAGAUGACAACAAUAAGAAAAAUUCAAGAGAUAUAAGUUAAUUGUUUAAUGAUUGCUGAUAUUGUGUAUAUAUAAAGUAUAUAAGUUUAAAUUUUAUAUUUUGUAAUGAUAGGAUAUGAUCGAAUGAGUGUAAUAUGUUGGCUAUUUAUUUUAUUUCAUUUAAAUUUUGAAAAC